AUUGAAUGCAUGUCUUCGUCCAAAAUUGAGGAUUUAUUUAAUUGAUUAUUUGAUUGAUUGUUUGUUUGAUUGGUGGAUUAAUUGGAUAAUUGAUGAAUAUAUUGAUUGAUUCAUUGAUUGAUUCAUUCAUUCAUACAGAAUCAUAACAUCUGAAUAAGCCUGUAACCUGUGCUUAACAACUUGGGCUAAAGGAUUAAAAUUUAAGAGUUUCAAGUGGAGGUUUUCAUUAGGAGUGUGAUGCCUUCAACUUAAUACCAAUAUCUUGAUGAUGAAGCAUUGAUGGGUGUAAACUGCACUUCUUGCGAACAAGAAUGGCUGAGGGAAGAAUACCUGAAUCAAAGUGGGGGAGAGCGCAAUAUUUUCAAUGGAAAGAGUUUAACGGAACAGAAGAAUCCUCUAGAAAAGGAACAAGAACAGUUUCAAGUUAAAGGUUCGAGAACAAGGAUAGAAGCCGACAAUUUCUAUAUUUUAAAACCAGGAGAUCAUAUAAGUUGGCAUAGGCCAUACAUUAUAUGGCAUCAUGCUAUUGUGAUAGAGAUUGACAUAGAAAAUAAACGCAUCCACAUUAUUAGCUACAAUAUGGUUAAAUACACCACGAACACAUUUCUAGUUGUUGUGCAAUGGACAUCUUUUGAAAAGGAAUGGGGAACACUGUACAGAAUUGACUAUCCUAAAAAGGUUACCGACAAAAAUCCCCCGAAGUUGACUUUAUCUAGAGCAUGGUCGAAAAUAGGCGAAACUAAGUAUGGAUUUUUCAGUAAUAACUGUGAGUCCUAUGCAACAUUUUGCAAAACUGGAGUGAGUGACAGUUGUCAGGUCAGAUGGCUUUGGGGCAAAAUCAAAGAAACAUGUGGAAUUGCCGUUAGUCAACAGGCAAAAGGCGUGUCGAAAGCUGUAUGUUGUGGGAUGAAAGAGGCGUCUUCUAUUACUGUCGAACAGACCCUACAAUGCGCUGGAAAACUUGCAGUGGUAGAGACGGUUGGACAAGUCAGAGGUGCUUCGAAUUGGAUGGGGACUGGCAUUGUGAUAGCCAUUGAAUAUUUUUAUCUUGUACGGGGCUUGAUUAGAAUUUAUCAAAACAGGAAGAACGGAGAUCUUUCACGAAAGGAUUUUCUUGAGAGCGCGAUUCAGAGAGUUGCCGAAGCCAACGGGGCAGCUGGGUUUGCCGUUGGUGGCAGCUUUACAGGAGAAGCUCUUGGUGGAGUGGCUGGCGCUGUCAUAGGAACUGCGUUCAUGCCGGUCAGCGCUGCAAUUGGGGUGGUUAUUGGAAGUUUGAUUGGGGGAACACUUGGCGCAAUAGGGGGUAAACUGGUGGGAUCCUUGAUGGGGCCUUAUAUCGCGAAAACAUUUGUUGCUGUUAUCAAACGCGACGACAGAGCUGUCAAAAGUAUAACUGACCUUGAGCAGGGAGACCAAGUUGUGUUUUAUGGUUGGUUACUGCAUCCUAGACAUCAUGCAAUAGUUGUGGACAUAGAUCCUUCCCAGAACAAAGUGAGGGUGAUUCACAAUACAUAUGAGCAUGGGGUAAUUGAAGAAUGGGUAGACUUUAAAACUCCUCUUUACAAAGUGAUAUACGAAAGUGAUUCGAGUCGAGAACCUGAAAGUGUCGUAGAAAGUGCAAGAUCUAAACUAGGAAAUAACAACUACAACAUUGCUAUUUACAACUGCAAAGACUUUGCAAACUGGUGUAAGGAAGUGUGAAAACAUUACGCAACCUGAAAUAAUGUGCUUAACUUGAUGCAUGAACUAUUGUAAACAUGAACGUACAUGUUGUAUAAUUAUUUGAUGCUGCUGUACUUAUACAAAUACAUUUGUAUUUCUGUUACAUUUCUGUUACAUAAAAUUGAGAAAAAGA